AUUAAUGUUGGAUUCUUCUUCUUUACAGACGUCCAGAGGCGGUCCGCGACUCAUCUCAAUCAGCAGGACUGACCAGGGCUUCGGCUUCACCCUACGCCACUUCAUUGUCUACCCACCGGAGUUGUCGGAGCUGCUUGGUGACCAUGGGGGAGCCGCCGCACCACUCUCCUCCCUCGACCCUCUUGACACUAUCUUUGUCAAGCACGUGAGGCCAGGCUCUGCUGCCCACCUGGCUGGCCUCAGGACUGGUGAUCGUGUAGUGAGUGUUAAUGGUGAGAGUGUGGGGAGCCGGACCUACCAGGAGGUUGUGGCCACCAUACAACGGUCACCUCCCACACUACAGCUCAUGGUAGUACCCCGGGAGCAGGACCUACUACAGCAGGUGUUUGGAGACACAGCCCACAACCCAGAGAGUAACUUGGACAUAAGAAUGCCCAGUCCUGGUCUCUUGCCCCUACAACAAUCCUUAAGACAUUCAUCACCAGCUAGUCUGAUUCAGUCACCCAUAGGACUCCCACCCACACAGUACCCUCCAAGUCUUUCACCAUCUGCCUGGUCGUCUCAGUCAUCAUUGACCUCACACCUGUCCACAAUGUCUACUGGACCUCACCCGCCGUCAGUCAUGGUGGCUCAUCCGCCGUUUCAUCAGAGGCCUCACCAGCCCGCUAAUGUUUCUCAGCCACACGGAGCUCACAUCCCCAUUCAUCCCCACCAGCAGUCAGCCAUCCGGGGAAACCAGUCCUCUGUGUUGUACAGGCCCAGCACCAGAAAACACUCCCUCUCUGCUGGAGGAGAUAAACAACCAGCAGUCAGUUCUCCUAGCAGGAAACAGUCAUUACCUGGGAUGGCAGACAGAAGGCAAGCUGUCUAUACUAUUCAAAAUAGUCUGUCCUCAGUGCCUCAUCAUGUGCCUUCUGUACCAGGGAAACAAAGUCCCUUGCCUACAAGUACAAAUUUAUCACAUACUCCAUCAAGUGAACCUUCUAAUAACUCUGUAUUUGGAGUGUAUGAACCAAUUCUCGAUAGAGCUAUGGGAAAAGGGAGCUGUAGAGACACUAGAAGACUAGAGCGAGACCCUGAUGGGCGUAUAUACGAAGUUGUACAGACUAGAGUUAUAGAAAGUAAACUUAAAGGUGGUGAUGGUAAGAAGAAAGGAACUGUUAAACAAAAUACACAAGGUGUUAGUAACAAUCCUGGCGGUCAUAUUGAUAGGAAGUCAUCGGCUGGCGGAGAAGCUGAUGCUAAACGAGUUCGUGUUCAAUCCCUUUCCCCUCCCCGGUUAAAACUAGAUCAGACUCACCCACGCAGUGCUAGUGUACACCCAAGAUCUGAAGGAUCAAAUGCCAACUUACAAAGAGAUGCAAAUGUAGGCGGCAGUCACCAAAGUCUCAGUAGCACAAAAAGUGAAGUGUCCUCAUGGAGUGGUAACAAACAUAACUCGUAUUCAAGGAGAAGUUGCACAGAACCAAUCCUUAGCUGCACAGAAAGUGGCCAGACUAAUGAUAAAUCAACACAGGAAGUUAUUGACAGAAUUAAAAAGAAUGUGGAAAGAAAGGAGGAAUUCUUGAGAAGACCAAAUCAACCAAUUUGGCUGCCAGCAAGUAAAGCUCCCAUUAUUCAUAGUGAUUAUCAUGUUAAUCCUCAAAGACUUCCACGUCCUUUAUGGCCACCACCGGCAGCUCAAACUCCUCCAUCUCCUGGUGCUAUAACGAAGGCACUCAGUUUUAUCGUUGGUCCUAAACACGAUCAGGUACGGAGAGUAAAGUCCGAGAUGGAACACAACAAUGACUCGGAUGGUGCCAGAGACAGUAGUGUGCCUGCGUCUCCGUCAACUCCACAGGGCAGUAGUAAAACGGAUUCUUUGUCAGAUACAAGUGGAAAUGAUCUCGCAAACUGUACAGAAAACCAGGACUUGUCUUCAGCUCAAAGUACUUCUGUUGCAUUACACAGAUCAUUAGUUGGCAAUGCUGUACCUAAGCCAUAUAGUGGAAGUACUUCUGAAGCUAAUCCAGCCAAUGCGCGGUAUGGAAAAGCUUUCGUAACUACUCUAUCCCGUAUUCAAGAAAAUAUUCCCAUACCAGAGCUUGGUUCAUGCUCGUCCAUCGCAAGUCAGGGUCGUCCAAACAGCAAGCAAGGUGACGUAUUGCAUGGUGUAACUCCUGGUGGUACUCCAAGUGGCAGUGAAACGUCUCUCAAUUCUUCAAUUAUACGGCCAAUUCCGUUAGCUUGGGUGGGUGACAACGAGCGCAUAAAACAGCUUCAAAUUGUGUCGAAGAGAGCCAAACAGUUUGAAAGUAGCCAGUUAGAGAAAGAAGCCUCAACCAAAUCAGCAUUCCAUCGCUUUGAGCUUUCACGACUGUCGCAGCGUUCUAAGAUCCCAAAUGUGGCCCAACGGAAGCAAGAGUUUGAGAAGAGAGAAGGUGACCAUCUUCCUCUUGGUUUUGAGUUUGAGUUUGGCACUCACUACAAUAACUCACCAAGGCAGCGUAAGAGUGCCGAAUUAGUGCGAGCUAACUUGCCGUCUCAAGAUGUGUCACCGUCCCCUGCAAAAGUGUUUAGGUCUCUCUCUGACGGAGGCAAUGUCUUCCCCGUCAGCAGAAGGCUUUAUGCAUCUGGUCCUGAUGAUGGAAGAUCAUCUCCAUCAACCGUGGAAGACUCUGGACCACGAAUUGGUAUGAAUCGUUCGAUCCCCAUUGGUGGUCCACAUAUACACUGUGCACCGCCCUCACACAGACCUCAGAGUGAUUCUGAUGUGUUGGAAAGAGAGCGAUCAAAUUCAGUUUGCUCGCAGGUGUCCAUGACAAGCUUGUGGUCUACACAGUCCAUGGAUGAAACUGGCACUGCCAGACAAAAACCUGUUGCUCGUCAAAACUCGUAUCUGAGUGCUCUCCGAUCUCCUCUGCCUGACGGAGAGUUAGCCAAGAAACACGGUGAGAAUAAUGAGUCGCCAGGCACCAGCGACACUCCUUCCUACCCCUCACCCGCGGCCACCUCCCACGCCCCUCGCCUAAAACGCCCAACCUUCCUACCAAUCAAGAAUCAUGCUCGUCCCGCUCUCUCAUCCAAUGACAAGCGAUCUCCCAUCGGAGCUGGCAAGGGAUUGGAGGAGAGAUCGCAUGAGUCCCUCCUCCCCCUUGUUAUCAACAGGGCUCAGAAAGCACCUUAUUGUUCGCCACUCAGCAGCCUGACCAAUAGCAUGUACCAGUUACCAGCAGUGACGAUUCCAACGGCGCUGCCUUCAGUGGGUGGCACAAGUGCGGGCGUGGUGGGCGUGGGCGUGGCAGCAGGCACCCCUGUGGUGAUAUCGUCAGCAACCCCUACCACAACCGCCAACCUGCCCGUCAUCACCGCCUCCUCCGGCAGUGACGCCCUCGUGUCUCGCAGGAGUAAAACUGUCUAUGGUGAGUACAGCACUGCCCCCUCCCUUCAUGUUUAUGUUGAGGCGUCCCUUCAGGAAGCUACACGCCAGAACAUCGAUGCCUCACUGUACUACCAUGACGUGUGA